AUGAGCUUCUCCCCGAGCCCUCGGGGACAUGCGAGAGCGAACCCGAUUGGAGCGCCUGCUGGCGCCCUGCGGCCCGCCAGGCAGUACCACGACGAGGUCGGCCUCCAGAAGUGCUUCUCCAUUUUUGGCCCCGGCGGGAUCGCUGCAGCCGCGCCCCGCGACGCUCCCCAUAUCUUCUCUGGGCAGUUCCGUUACGCACUCCACCUCAAGUUCUGCCCAGUUGUUCACGCUGCGUGUCCUCUGGGCAGCACCGUUGCGACUGCCACUUCCGGGCUCAUUCCGUUUUUCGUGCUGGACGCGGACGAAGUUGCGUUGUAG